CACUUCUCUUUCUCUCUGCUGUGAGAGAUUCUUGAGAGUAGUAAUCAAUUGUUUAUAACAGUUAUGGGUGUGGAUUAUUACAAGAUUCUGCAAGUUGACAAGAAUGCUAAAGAUGAAGAUUUAAAGAAGGCUUACAGGAAGCUCGCAAUGAAGUGGCAUCCUGAUAAGAACCCUAAUAACAAGAAGGAUGCAGAAGCCAAAUUUAAGCAGAUAUCUGAAGCCUAUGAUGUUUUGAGUGAUCCCCAGAAGAGAGCAGUAUAUGAUCAAUAUGGUGAAGAAGGACUCAAGGGUCAGAUGCCACCACCUGAUGCCGCCGCUGGUCCUGGCGGAGCCACCUACUUCUCCACCGGCGGAGGCACACCGUUCUCCUUCAACCCCAGAAACGCCGAUGAUAUCUUCGCUGAGUUUUUUGGGUUCAGGGGAAUGGGAAGUGGUGGAGAUGGUGGUGGCGUGAGAGGAACAAGAUUCUCCAGCAAUAUGUUUGGUGACAAUAUGGGAGGAUUCGAUAACAUUUUCAGCUCUUUUGGCAGCGGAGGCGGUGGUGGAGCUUUUGGCAACGGCGGCGGAGUUGGAUCAGGCACCCGGAAAGAUUCUCCUAUAGAGAGGAGUCUUCCAUGUACCCUUGAAGAGCUCUACAAAGGUACUACAAAGAAGAUGAAGAUCUCAAGAGACAUUGCAGACAUUAGUGGCAAGACAAUGACAGUGGAGGAGAUACUAAACAUUAACAUAAAACCUGGAUGGAAAAAGGGCACCAAGAUCACAUUCCCAGAAAAAGGAAACGAGCAGCCAAACAUGAUCCCAGCGGAUCUCGUGUUUGUGAUCGAUGAAAAACCGCACACCACUUUCACUCGUGACGGAAACGACUUGGUUCUAACACGACGGAUAAGUUUGGCCGAAGCGUUGGCUGGUUGCACGGUCUAUUUGACCACGCUGGAUGGCAGGAACCUCACCAUUCCAGUCAAUAACGUGAUCCAUCCGGAAUACGAGGAGGUGGUCCCUAGAGAAGGAAUGCCGAAUUCCAAAGACCCGACAAAGAGAGGGAACCUGAGGAUUAAGUUCAAUAUCAAGUUUCCAUCGAGAUUAACUGCGACUCAGAAGAGCAAGAUUAAAGAACUACUUAACGGUUAAGCUGGGAACGCCUUUGUGCAUAUUAAGUUGUUGUAUCGGGUUUUUUUGGGUUUUACAGUGGAUGAUAUAAGAUACAAUAAUUGGAACCAAGAGGAAAGUUGUAGUUGCAAUUGAUUGUUUGAAGUAGAAUGAGAUUAUGAAUCUCUCCUGCAAUGUAAUCGACAUUUUCUAUCGAUUUUUAAACAUCAUCCAUUUUAUGUUCAA